AACUUCCCCAACCCAGUCCAACGUUUCGACGACGACGACCUAGCCUCCGACCAAGACUGGUCAACAUACACACACAAAGGCGGCGCCCUGCUAUGCGCCCUAAAAGGCACAGAUGAAACCGCCGGCCGCCAGCUCAACGACAAGCGCACGCCACCGUCAGCAGCAAGUCCCUGGACCGGCGAUCCGCAGCAAGAUCUUGACACGUGGUAUUGGCACCAUGUCGAUCCAGCGACGUAUAGUUGCAAGAUGAACGCGCAUUGGAACAUUGCGUUCGCUAUGCGUUCUCUGGGUUUGAAUGGGGAUCCCAAGUCAGAGCAGGGCGGAGAGAAUGCUUGCUUCCGCGUGGAGCAUUGGGAUCCGAGGAGGGAGGAGAACGGACAUCAGGUCCCUGCUAUUAAUCAGUGGUAUAAAGCCGGCGACAGGGAGUAUCGUUCAACGGGAGCACACUAUGAAUUCGGCAUCAAUGCCAAGGGCGGAGCAAUCUUCGCUUUCUUCCUCGAAUCCCCCCAAUCCGCUGCCCGCACGCUCUGGUACGCAGGCCGCAAAGACGCCAACCCAGACGACCUGCCGCGUCUCCGCGCCCUAUCAGACAUACUAUGGGCGUUUUGGACGCGAGAAAACAGCGCGAACGUGAUGCAGAUACGGUAUUUUUUCGUGCUGGGGAUUACAAACGAUCAGACGAAUCAGCUCAUUGCUUCGUGUUUGGAGAGAGCGGGCAAGGCGCUGGUGGAAUGGCCGGGCGUGAGCUUUGAUACUGCGACUGAGGAGGGGCAUGCGCUGUUGGGUUCACCGAAUGGCGCUGCGUUUGCGUAUUUCCUUAUGCAGCAUAAGGUGCAGUUGGGAUACAAGUCGAUCGGCAAGGUGACGGUCUUCAAGCCAGAGACAGAUGAUGAUUUGGCUUUUGUUGAUCCGAGUUUGGUGUUUCAUGUUGAGGAUGCUCCUCUGCCGUCGCAGGAUGGCGACAUGGAGACCGAU